AUGGCUAGCCACAUCAUCGGCAACCGUAACAGCACUCCGGACGCCUCCAAGUCGUCCCUUCGUCCUCCAUCGUCUUCUCGGAACCUGGGUUCUCACCAGCUACGCGCGUCGGCCGAUAUGUCGGGCUUCCCGUCUCCGCUGUCGUCUCGCAGCAUCCGCCCGUCCUCGGAGGUGUACUAUAACCAGCAGUCUCAGGCUCAGAACAAUGCGGAGGAUCCGUUAGAUCGUGCAGCUCAGCAGUGGCUCGCCGAUAUCGAUCAAUAUGAGACUACUCUGGAGGAGAUGGCAGCUGCCACGCUUGAUCAGGACUUCAAGGACGAGCUGAGUGCUAUCGAACAAUGGUUUCGCGUCCUCAGUGAGGCCGAGAGGACCGCCGCUCUUUAUGCUCUCCUGCAGCAGACUACGCAGGUGCAGAUCCGCUUCUUCAUUCAGGUCCUCCAGCAGAUGGCCAAAAGUCACCCAAUGUCGGGCCUCUUGUCACCUGCCAAUUUUGGUGAGAAAGAUGCGAUGUCCAACAGGCUGAAUGAUGCGAUGUCAAAGUUGAACAUUGACAGCUCCCGCAACUCCUUGGGUCGCCCUCCGCCGUCCCCUGGUGCCAAGCGCAACUCGGGUUUGGACUCUUCGACCAUUAAUGCCAUGUUCCCCGAUGCCGCCGCGGCCAUCGCCAAGAAGAAGGCCGAGUUCACGCAGCAAACUGGCAACGCUCCGCCUUCCAACCGCAAUAGCGCUGUUUAUGGCGACCGCUCCUCGUUUGUUGCACCGACCAUCUCCGCUCCGGACAACACAGACAACCUGGGUCAGACUCCCGCUUCGCCAUGGGCUCAACGAGGUAACGAGCCUCAGCCGCCUAUUGCCCGACCCAAGUCUUCAUCCGGCCAGCAGCCGAUGGGACAGUUCAGCCAGGCCUCGUCGGGCCUGCGUUCUCCGCUACCCACACAGACGGCCACCAUCCCGGCUCCUGAGAUCGAGGCACCCCUACUGUCGCCGUACAAUGUUGGAAAUGCCAGCUGGGCCUCCAUGACCAACACUCCGAUGACAGCAACCUUUGGUCAGCAGGUGCACCAGCCGCCGAACUCGCAGGCGGAUAUGGUCGCGAAUGCCACCGCGAUGAAGCUGGCCGCUUUGUCGACGGUCAACAACCGCAUCGCCCUGGAUGAUGCACGCAAGUACCGCCGUGCUCGCUCAAACGAUGGACAGGGCAGAUCUUCCAACAACAACGUCAACCAGACCAUGCAAGGCGGUCUUGCAAGCCCCGGCCUUCCGGGAGCGAAUCAUCUAGUUGCGGGACAGCUUUUGAACGCCCAACAGCUAGCUGCCUUGCAAGCUCAACAGCAGGCGGCGAUGGCGGGUCGACGUUCCCGCCCCACCUCCCCAGGCAUUGCCAUGCAGGGAGGCGCGCUUGGAGCCAUGGGCUUCACCUCACCGCAAAACAACGGCUUCCUGGCUGCUUAUGACCCCAACAAUCCGUUACUGGGUAAUGGAUUGGGUGCUCUGGGUCUCAGCCAGUUUGGGCUCGGUGGUCAUGAGGGCUACCUCUCUGAUCAUUCCGAAGUCGCACGUGGCCGCUCUCCCCGGGGUCGCCGUGGCAGCUCCAAGCCGCCCGAGGAUCCCACCGACCCGAAUCUUCUGAAGGAUAUUCCCAGCUGGCUGAGAUCUCUUCGCUUGCACAAGUACACGGAUAACCUCAAGGAUCUCAAAUGGACCGAGCUGAUUGAGCUCGACGACAAGGCUCUGGAGGAUCGAGGUGUUAAUGCUCUUGGCGCUCGGAACAAGAUGCUCAAGGUGUUUGAGCAAGUCAAGGAGGCCAAGACCGAAGGAAAACUCGACAACAUUGCGUAA